ACAUGUUAUCUACUUACUUUAGGAAUAUAUUUAUAAAAGUGAAAAAACGAUAUAAUUUAGGCAAACAAAACGAACAAAAUGCACUCAAACAAUCUACUGUCACUUUAAUUGUCAGUGGAACCAUAAUUACAUCAUAACUGAACUAGCGUAUUGAAGUAUUGAACAGUAAAGACAUAUUGUAAUAAAUAAAUUAGAAUUGUGAGUUAGUGCCCAAGUAUUAUAUAAAUUAAUUAGUACCUUAUAAAUUAUAAAUAAAAUGUUUUAAAAAAAUAAACUAUAAAUAAAUUAAACAAACGUUACAAGAUUAUAAACUUGCUUCAGCUUACAUAAUAGCUGUACAUAGUGAAAUAAUAUAAGUGCUUAUAUACCUUUAUGAUUGAUAAAUAAACGGGAUAGCUGUCGAUCACGCGAAACAAAGCAAAUAUGUUGGAGUCAUGGAGGUCGGAAUGAAUCUCAUUGUCUAUCUGUCGAGUGUAAAUGUAGAAAGGCUAGUAACCGUAUGUCUCGUCGUGAUGGGCUGAGGAAACAUCACAUGAUGGUUCUGCGUGAUUUUUGCAUAGAAAGAACGUAUCUAUUUUUACUAUACUUAUGUUAGUGAUAGUAAAACAGAUUUACGAGUGUGAAAGAGGUAGGCACUCGUAAUUAAAUUAUUGGAAAUUUUCCAUGAGGGAGAACAUUGUAUUUAGGCGCUUAAAAUAAUAAGGCAGGUGUCAAAAUAUGGCAUUCGAAAAACAUUUACUGUUGCCAUGGGUCAAGGCCGGUUUGUGAUUUGUGAAAGAUUUUUAAAUAAAAUAUGUUGUUGUUUACUAUACAGUGUGUCCGAAAUUGGUGAUGCAUGUAUUGCGAUCUUCGAAAGUGUUAGAGAUAGAAAAACAGUUAAAUGGGGAAAGUUUUAAACAAAUCUGUUUAUAUUUCAAUGCCGUUUAGUUUGAGAUUUUUUCUCUUUUGGUUUUUGAGACAUUUUAAAAAACUAAAAUGACGCAUUUCCGAAAAUACCCUGUAUUUUCUUUUUUAUGAAAAUUUCUUAAAAACAAAAUCAUAAUUUUUGGUUUUUUAACCCAUAACCUAACUUUUUUUUACUAAGUGUGAUACAUCAUUAGGAAGGUAAAAAAGGGGGCAUUUCGAAACAGUAAAAAUCCAAUCUGGCGCCCAAAUGAAAAAACAAAGUUGAUGAUGGUUCCAAGAAACUAAAACGUUGCAAAUAAAAUCUGACGACACAGGCGUUUUCUACGUAAAGUUGUUCCAAGAAAGUUUUUAAAGAUUUCAGAAAUUUUCAUGAAUCAAGAAAAUACAGGGUAUUUUCGGAAAUGCGCCAUUUUAGUUUUUUCAAAAUAUCUCAAAAACCAAAAGAGAAAAAAUCUCAAACUAAACGGCAUUGAAUUAUAAACAGAAUUGUCUAAAACUUUCCCCAUUUAACCGUUUUUCUAUCUCUAACAGUUUCGGAGAUCGCAAUACAUGCAUCACCAAUUUAGGACACACUGUAUAUUAUUUAUACGGGGUGGAUUAUAAAGAGAAUGAAAAAAAGCUUGUCAUUUUUGAACACUGUUAAUUAUAAUUCCUCAAUGGGACCAUGUGUCUGGUCUGCAAUGCGAUUCAAACGGCCUACCGUGUAGGAAACGGCCCUAAGGUUACGCAAGUUUUUGAUUUGCACCUACAAGAACCGGAGGCGACCACAUGUCUUGCCGCGGCCUUGCCAUCACCGGCCGACAUGUCCGAAUCGGAUCUUCGGGAAGAAGUUUUCGCAUUCGCGACGAUUCGCGAGAACAUAGGGUUAGAAUGAGUCAUGCGCCGAUAUUUGGCCCGCUACCAAAACCGGUGAAGGCUCUGCGAGGGUAGCUGCAGUACAAGGGGAGCGCUCGGGGGCUGCAGACCUCUCCGCAACCCUUGCGAAUCGAUUCACUUGUGUGCCUCUCCUCUAUCGCUCGUCUCAACGUUAACAACUGAAAAAAAAAAAAUCUUCAGCAGAAAUAGUUUUUUUUUUGGAAUUAUUAGGCUCGUUUUUACGAGCUAUGGAAGAAGUCCUAACGGAAGGCAAAAAUUUCAAGUUGGUUACAGAUUCAGAGCUUCCAGAGAUUAUUGACUUUCUGAGUAAUUACUUACCCGAUUCAAUCAAGUUUCAUCAGACGCUGAAGACGUACUUAAAGGAUCACGUUUGGGAUUUUCAUUUCUACGUCACGAAAACGUGGCCGGAACAGGCUGUGAUUUUACAUUUUCCAGGAAUGACCAGGACGCCAAACGGUAAGCUGUACGAAAGCUUCAGUGUAUUUUGUCCCUGUGAUCAAUUAGAGAACAUACGUUUGCUGACAGACGAAGACAUGUUGAUCGACUGGACUCAACCCAUUUACAUGAACUUCACUCACGCUAAAAUCAUGGAAAAAAUAGAGGAACUUUAUGGUGGAACAAUGGAGAAGCUGACGGGCGAGGUAUAUUGUCAGAUAGAUGAAAAAAUCGGAAACGAAGAGGAAUGUAAUAUCACGGUAUUCGCAGAGGACGCGGAGAUGAUGCAGCUGUCACCCGAGCACGCUCAAAUAAUCCACGACUUGUACCCGGCCAAUCACAUGGAGUGCGUCGAAGUGUUCGAAAAAUUGAUCGAAAAACUGCCGUGCUACGGCGUUUUCUCCGCCACUGGCGAGCUCGCCGCUUGGAUGGUGCAGUCCUAUUACGGGGCCAUGUUUUCCAUGCAAACGCGACCUGAGUAUAGGAGAAAGGGAUAUGGACUGAUUCUUGCUAAGUACCUGACCAAAUUGGUAAAAGAACGCGGUUACAUGCCGUUCGUGGUAAUCCGUCCCGAAAACGAUGCCUCGAAGGGCCUCUACGCGAAGCUCGGCUUCAAGAAGUACUUCGAAACGGUGAGAGCCAUCUUGCGGCCGCACGAGAUGUCAAGCGACGCGCAAGGCGGAGGAGGGGGAGGCGGGACGCAGCAGAACGGCCAUUAGCUCAAAUAAACUAAGAUAAAAAAAAAACAACCAGCGAAAUUCAUUCGUACCUAAGAGAGAUGCGAAUCUAAAAAGAUAUGGAAUCGUGAAGAUUUAAAAAAGAAGCCGAUUGGAAUGGAUUUCGUUGUAAACUAUACCAGUGUAGGAAUAGACGACUAAUUCUCUAUCAAGAAAGUAGCUCGUUGGAGAGGUUGUAAUUAAAUUAUAAAUGAAAUGGAGUGUACUUGCAAUAUAAAUAGUAGACAAAUUAAAACAGCAGGUAUUUUAACUAUGAGGAAUUUUAAGAAUUAACAUAUCAAAUCUGUGUUUCGUUCUUCCCUUUGAGAUGUCAGAAUUUGGUUUUAUUCUACACAUGUUUUCCAUUCUCCUUUAUUGUAUCCCCUUUUUUCUGCUUUCUCCUCUGUUAUUUGUUAUAUCCAUGCUUUUCUUGAGAAUCAUUAUCAAUCAAAAUAAAUGCGUAUGUUAUUUCUAAAGCUACAACCCUCUUUUUAAAUAUAGGAGAACAAUUAUAAUUCUAGGAAAGCUCUCUAUAGUAUUGAAUAUGUUUUAGUCUUGCUUGUAUUGAUACCUUUCUUUUAUUUAAGUAAACCUAUAAUUUUUUCGUUACUCAUUUUAACACCUUUUUUCAUUAAGUACCUAAUCCUUAUUGUACUUCAGACCAUUUCAUGCAAACCAACAUGUAUAUCAAUUAGACAGCUCUUGUGACUCCGUUCUGCACCAUCUUGUGACUAAGUUAAAGAAGUCUCAGUAACCAAAAAAUACUCCUAGAUGCAUUUGUUGACAUACAAGGAGUUUUAGGUAACACCUUCAUUAAAUUAAUGAUAGUUGCUUGAAAACGUAAAAUAGGAAACUCCAUCUGCUGGUAAAGGGCAAACCAUGCAAUUGAAUAUCCAAAAGAGAUGCUUCUCAGGUUUUGUUUAUGAUGAUAACUGCCGUUUGCUUGAUUAUCCUUAUAACUUCUUCGUUACUUCCUAUACGUCUAUCCCAUCUUGCCUUUUAAAUCUCUACCUCAUCUCCAUUAUGCAUUGUACUAUAUUAAAACUGAUCCUAGUAUGUCUCCUUGUAAUACUCCAUAUUUAAUUUCUUUUAAGCCUCAUAUUACGUAUGUAGUUGUUCGAUUUUAGUUGAUCAACAAAAAUUGAAUGAAAAAUGUAGUGAAAACCUUUGUUUCAAUAGAGUUGAUCUACGUUAUCUUUAAACAAAAAAAGUUUGACUCAAUCUAACUUUUGGAUGGACCAUCACGAACCGCUUGCAAGUUUAAACUUGUAUUGAAAUGUCUGAACUAGGCAGUCAUUAUGAAUUGUGUAGUAUGCUUUUUAAAAUUAAUAAUAAUAAUAAAACAGAAAUUGGUAUGAUGACAAUUUCCUUCCACGCACUUCACAGGAGUUCUCUUUUCGUGACGCAGCAAUUUCGCUCAGGUUUGGAGAGUACUUUACAAAAAUAACUUAGUACUCUUCCUUGUCCUUCCUGAAUCAAGCACUACUCCAAUUCCUAGAAUAAAUUCUCUCUAUGGUAGUAUGUAGCCUAAUAUUGAUGCUUCCUUAAAGUUUCAAAGGCAGCUUGGCAGUCUUCGUCCCAUUAUAACUCUCUUGCUUCUUCUCUAAGCCAGAGUUAUUUGAUGUUUAUUAGUUGGUUAUGGCUACUGUUUCCGUAGUAAUUGACUUUAUUUUGGAAUAACUAAUAUUUCUCGGGGUUUAGCAUCAGUUGGGCAGCUUAAAGUCUUUUAAAAACAUCUAAGUUCUUCAGUUGUUCAUCAAAUGUCUUCCCCAAAACUAUGAUGUCGUCUAAAUACACAAGGCACGUUUCCCAUAAGUCUUUCAAAUGUCGCAGGGGCAUUAUAGAGUUCAAAUUGUAUGACAAUGAAUUACAAUAAUUUCGAUCCGGUGGUAAAGGCUGUCUCUUCUUUGUCUACUGGGUCUAUUUCUACCUGCCAAUAUCUAGACCUUAAGUUUAAAGUAAAAAUCAAUUUACUUCUGCCCAAUGUGUCCAGAUUAUCAUUAAUUCGAGGCAUAUGAUAAUUUUUUUCUUGCUAACAUUGUUCAACUAACGCAUGACGGUAUUCCACAAAGAUCCUCGAAGUUUCACCAUUUUUUUUUUGGACCAGGACUACCUGAGAGACCCGUGGGCUUGUAGAAGCUUCUAUCACCUUGUCUUCCUCCAUUUUCUGAACAAUCCUUUCAGUUUUUUCUCUUUCUGCCUUUGGUAGUCAUCGAGCUGAUUAACGAAACGGCCUGGCAUCACCAAUGUUACCGAACAAAUAAAUACUAGUCUUACUACUGCUGAUCUGAAGAACAAAAUCAAGACUAUUAGAACAAUAUACCAAAACAAACAUUCAUUGGUAUGCAAAUCAAUAACUAAAAAAAUUUUUCAGUAAUUUGUGUUCUUCAGAAACCUGGUGUAAUGUGCCUGGCGUUCAGAUCUUCAGUAUCAAAAGAUUCUGUUGAUGUAUAUUUUUUACACGAACUCAUUUUUAACCAAUGCUAAAGCUGCUUCAAUAAUUCCGUCAACCUUGGAAAUUUCAACUACUAUUGGCCGUUCAAAGACUCUGAAUAUAUAAACCAAAAUUCCAAAUGAAUUAUCUACAAUGCUGCGACCUCUUGAUAAGCCAUUUUUUCCGUUUUGUAGAUAAAUGUGAAAUUUCGUCAGUAGUUUUUAAAUUAUUUCUUUAUCCAUCUUUAUCUUCAGCAAGGUUUCUGAUGAUCCCUAUCUAUUUCUUCUUAAAAUCCUCUGACUCACCCAGAAACGACGUUUCUUUCGAUUUUUGUCCAUUAAUACAUAAAAAUCUGUUCAGUUUUCUUCUAACAAAAUUAAAAUCAUCUCUACACAUUCACGCACAAGUUCAUUAUGACGCCAUUUGUAAAUUGCAACUGCUGAUCAGUUUACACUGAAAUGUGUGAACAAAAACUAAAUUCACGUUUUAUACAAGUUUUGUCGAUCAACUAAAAUCGAUGAACUACAAUCGAUGAACUACAAUCGAUCAUCUAGAAUCGAUCAUCUAGAAUCGAUCAUCUAGAAUCGAUCAACUAAAACCGAUAAACUAAAAUCGAUCAACUAAAAUCAAUUAACUAAAAUCAAUCAACUCAAAUCGAAACACUAAAGUUGACUCGUGAGACCGUGCUUUUAUAGUUUUAAAAUGCCAUUGACUUUUGUUGAUUAACUUCAAUAUUUUCAACAGAUAAACUGCAAAAAUUCAAUCUUUAUCGUUAAACUAGUUCUAAACGAAGUUUUGACGUUUAGAUUUGAAUUCAAUUUGCUUUUAACUCAACUGCAAUGGUUCAACCAACAUUUUAAUUUAAUUACAAUCGAACCAAACCGCUCAAAAAACUAGUAGUUAAAAAAAUCGAUGCUGUGAAACAAACCGUAUUUUAAUGGUAGAAAUAUUUUUGAAAAUAAAACUUAUUUUAUCACGAUACAAUGAUGAUUUUCUAUUUUAAGAGUUUAGUGAAAGUGUAGCUUUGGAUGCUUGAUCAAUAGAGUUUUUUUUUAAGUCAGUUGGUAUUAAUGAAGUGGAGUGUGACUAGAAGUUGAUUAUGGAAUAUAAUUUGAUAUCAAUGUUUCUGUUUCAACCCAUUGAAUACAUCAAAAUACAUUUCGUCUCAAAAUUAACGCAAAUUUAAUAUUUAUCGAUCAAAAUAACUUUACGGCUUAUCCUAAAGUUAUUUUGCUAGUUUUUUUAGUGUUAUUGUAUUUUUUUUUUAUUUAAAGCAAUCUAUGAUGCAGGGGAACAUAAUAUAACAUUAGCGUGCCUUAAAACAAUUAAAAAGAAGUAUAUGAAUAGCUGAUUGAGGAGUUGAAUUACCAAAUUAAAUGUAAGGAUAUAGAUUGUUCAUUAUUUUAUAAUUAUUUUUCUAUACUAUGGACGUUAGCAGAAAAUGUUAUUCCUUAUCAAAGUUGGCGCUUUGCUUAACACCCAAAACGUAAUUGUGCACGAUUUUUGUGGACUUUGAGAGUGCAUUUGAUUCAAUCAACAGAUUAAAAAUAAAGUAAGGACUAAAAAGACUAAUUCCCAAAAAAACUACUAAAUCUCUUAAAAAUUAUAGAUUCAGACACGGUUUUCAAACAUUAAUAUUUCAAAGAUGAGGAAACAUUUUAGACCUAAUUCAGAUGCUAACAUUUUGGCAUUACCUCAGGCAAAAUAUGGAGUAGUUCAGUUAUAUUGUUCCCAAAAAGAUCCAUUUCGGACAUUCGGAGAGAUCUAAUAAAAUUCAGAACAUUUUUAUUUUUAAGAAGAAUGAAAUAAAUAUUGUCACUAAAUUUGAAGAGCAAACGCCGUUGAAGUUUCUUAUGCUAUCUUGGAAUUGGGUAGUGUCUAUAUCUUCUCUGGAAACAGUCAAAAUAUCUUACAAGUCUGGUUAGCAAAAACCAAAAAGAUUCUACUCUGUCAAUAUACAAGUCUUUCAAAAUUUCACAAGCAAAUUAUGUUUAAAAUUAAUUGCGUCAUCAUCCAAUAGCAUGAUAACAUUGUUAAUGUUUUGAAAAUGGUCCAGAUCAUCCAACAUUUUGUCUCACGAACAAUAUUCUGUAACAAAUCCACAUCAGAAUCUGAUGAGUUACUUUCUAUUUUCUCCAACUUUUUCUAUAGUGCCCUCCUUUUGGUCUUCUCUCCAACUUUUGUCUCUUUUUUUCUUCACUUCACAUUCGCUUUUAAAUACUUUUUUUUCGUAGUUUUCUCCAACUUCUGUUUUCUCAUUGAUUGCAAAUUAUGCAGUGAGUUUAGCAUUAUCAUAAAUUCCAUUUGGUUUACCAAGAUUAAAGGCACUAUACAAUUCUUACGAUAGAAUUGGAUUUGCUUCAAUACAACCAGUAUGUUCUUGAAUAUACUGCAAAAAACUGUCCACCAUGAUUUCUUAGUAAAGCCUAUAUAGCUCCAAGAACUGAACCUAAUCUGUUCUUUCAUACGUACCCGAAGGAAAACAUAUGCAGCAGGAAUUUUAUUUCCUACAGUAAAAAUGAAGCCGCGCAUUGUAACUGAUGCACCAGUACUUUUGUACUAUUUCGGCAAUACCUUUGGGGGCCUAAAGAAUUAUUUCGCUUUGGCAAAAGUCAUCUCAGUUUUCAAUUUUAACAAGGAUGUCAAACUUAUAUGUUUAAUAGAUGAGCGUUCAACGACACUCCACAUAACACUGAUCGCUUGUGAAUAUUAGGGCUUAAAAUUUCUCGACUAUGAGUCUUUUCAGCCUUGAACAAAAUAGAACAUUUUCAUUGUUUUUCAACCUCGUCUGAUGUUUGCCCGCAAACCUAUUGAUCUCAUCUUUAACCAUACGCUUCUUCAGUUUUCCAUGGAUGUCUUCGUUGCGGAUGUACCACAUCUAUCUAUCUAUCUAUCUGAAUUAGGGCGUGGUUCAAAGCACACUUGUACUGAAGCUCUAGGCUUAUUGUACCCCUCACAGUUUCUAUCCCAUCAGAUUGAUUUUCUUGAUGAAUUCAAGAAUAUGUCUGAUGGGCGCUUUCGCGAUUUCUUCAGGUUCCGGAUAUUGUACCCCGUUCCCAUUUAAGGUUCCGACAGUGGCAUAGUAUGUGAAUAGGAGUUUCGUCCCCCUCUUCACAUUUUCUACAUAAGGAGUCAUCAGAUAUCCCUAAGAGAUUUAGGUGUCUUCUAGAACCGCAGUGUCCCAGAAGAAGUCCUAUUACGGCCUUGAGUUCGCUUCUGCUAAGGUUUAGCAGUUGAUUUUGUCUGCUCGUGGAUGGCCCCUCUAUGAAUCUUUUGGACUGUCCAGGGAGUUCCAACCAGAGUCUAUGGUAUUCUCUAUUUAUUUGUUCCUUUAACACCCAUUUAACAUGUUGGUAUGAGAUACUACAUGUGGGUUCUGGUUCAAUAAGAAUUUUUUCCGCUCCCUUCCUUGCUAGGAGGUCUGUUUUCUCGUUUCCAAACCCUCCUUCCUGUCCUGGCACUCAUUCAAGGGUGACCUUGUUAUGUUCUGCCAGGGCCUAGAGGGACUGUUGGCAAUCAAAUAUUGAUUUAGAUUGUACUUUUACCCUUUUCAGUGCUUUAAGGGCUGCCUGACUAUCUGUCAUGACGAAGAUCCUCUUAUCUCUAAGAGAGUCAUUUAGCAUGACUUUGUCGCAGGCAUUUAUUGCUGUUACUUUAGUCUGGAAGACUGUUAUCAGUGACCCCAGGUUCAGACUAAUUGUCCUCCCUGAGUUCACAUGGUAAAUCCCAGCUCCUGUGCUGUUUUUGAUUUUCGAACCGUCUGUAUACCAGAUUGAUUCGUUUUGUUUUCCCUAUUUUCCCGGCUUUUGGCCCUUUCUGGUAUUUAAAUAUCGAAAGGUUUCCUGAAGUCGAGAAUAAUGGACGUUCUAUCCGAUGACAUUCUUAGUACCAUGGCGGAUUUUGUUUUAAUUUCUCUAAUAUCAUUGUGUGGUGUCCUUUUCUCGAAAGUUCCCAUCCAAAUCCAUUAGUAAACAGCCUGUAUGCCGCCGCCAUAGCCUCCUUCACCAUUAGGUGUAGUAGAGGAAGACCUAGCAGUAGCUCCAUUGCUGCUGUGGGCGUAGUUCUAAAUGCCCCUGUUAUUAUUAGACAGGCUAGUCUUUGCACCUUGUCUAAUUUUCUGUUAGAUGUUAUGCUUUUAGUCUUGUGCCACCAUAUGACUGAUGAGUAAGUUAUAACAGGUACCACAUACUUUAUUCUGAAUAACUUUGAUGUUAGAAUUCUUGGUGGAUCCCUAGAGUUGGAUGCCAUAAAUCCACAGGGGUUUCAGGAUUUGUUUGUAUAUGAGCAGUUUAUUGUGUAUUGACAACCUGGCAAAAUAUCAAAUGAGCCAAAACAUUUGUCUGAAUUUCAGAUCCAGCUGCUUACAUUUCUUCAUCGCAUGAGUUUUCCACUUUACUUCUGAAUCCAAAGUCAUGCCUUUUUUUCAAAUGACUCAGCUGUACGAUAUACAUUGUAUGGGUCUUGAACUACAGUGCAUCAUUUAAAAUAACUCUAAUCUCAUGAAUGUUUAUGGAAACCGGUAAUAUUACUUUCGUACUAUUGUGAUAGGAGCGCCCUCUGAUAGUAUGAGAGCGUUUAGUAAAGUAAGAGUUUAUCCUGGUUAUCAGAGAUGCCAAAUUGAGAAAAUUUCUGAGCUAGAAACUUAUAGUCACUAUAGAAUGUUUUAAACAUAUGUGUGUUUAUAAGUAAUCUCUGUUCUAGCAAGAUUGGUAGCUGUUGAGCAACCUUUAUAAAAUACAUGCUGCCUGGCGAGAAUUUGUAUAAUUUGUAUACGUGGGAAAUACCUCAUCGGUUAUAAUUUAGUUAUAGUGGAAACCAAAAAAAUCCUCUGUAGUUUUUGAUGUCAGAUUUACUUCCCUUCUUAUAAAUUGGUACUAAGUUGGAGAAUUUCCAGACAGUGGAAAAUGUACCGCUAUCGAAUGAUUUUUCCGGUUUUCUCUUGCAAAUAUCUAAGCUAUUAAUUUUUGAAACCACUGGAUAAUAGAAUUGAACAAAAGAAGCUAUGAUGAGUCUAUUGUGGGAUCGGUAUUGUAGUCUAAAUAGCUUGCAAAAGCAAUAGUGUUUCUAUAUUGUUAUAUCGUCAAUGGUUUAGCAAUAUCCCAUAUGUGCAUAACUUGUGAAUAUUUAUAUUUUGGUACCAUCUCUGUAUCUGUAGCGUGUGGAAGGCACUUAAGCCUCAUUAGGCCCAUUGUGCAUCCUUCUAAGAUGAUAGGCACCUCCUACCUCGCCCAGCCUACAGAUUUAAUGUAGUUGACAACGUCGCCAAGAAGUGCUUCUCUUAUAUCGGCCGGUGUUAGCCGAUACUCGCCGAACACAAAUCUUCUAAUAUAUGAGAGCGUCGAGCAAUCGUAAAGAAUAUGCUCGAUGGUCUCAUCUUCUUGUUCGUACCCUCUGCAGAGUGCGGAUUCUGACAGCCCCAUGAUAUGGAGAUGCUUCCAUACUUGGCAAUAACCAGUCAGAAUGCCUGUGACUAGGCGCAGAUUCUGUCUAGUCAUAGUCAAGUAUUUAUUUGCUGCAGUGUUGUCAGGAUAACUUAAGAGUUCUCUGGCAACUCUGCAGCUUCUUGUUUCAUCCCAUCUUUCCUUGAAUUUCAUAAGGGAAUGUUCUUUAAUUAGGUCUGUCACCUAGUGAAUCAGCAAGACGUUACCUUUCAAUGUGGCGCGGCCUUUGAUCCAUCUUAAGAUGACCACAUUGUUGAUGGAUACUUCGACCAAAGCUUCGUGACAUUCUAGUACUAACCCUGAAUAAAUUCGUGGUCUGUUUAGGGUGAGUAGUGCUUGUCUGCUAUCUGUAUAGAUGAGAAUGUUCCUUCCAGCGAUAUUCUUUCUGGUUAUUUCUUUUGCUGCUAUGAGAAUCCCCGUUAACUCUGUUUGAACUACACUGGCACUAUUGCUCACAGCCCAUUUUAUUUUGGUACCAUAAACGCCAUCUAGUUACUCCCUGCAAAUUUAAAAUAUCUCCUGUUUAUAGUAAGCUGUUAAAAUAUAUUGUCACCUAAUAAUGUGUGCUCUUCUACAAGAACUUCUAGGAAGUUUUACUGAAAAUAUAGUGAUUUUACAUAUAGGAGACGAUGUCAUACGGUUUGGCAGACCAAAACUUUUAGAUGUGCGCUAGUAGAUCCUGAAAUGGCGUGUAAAAGAAUACGAUGCACUUUAUUUACAGUUUUAUUUACAUCACAACGGAACUUAUGUCAGGCCACUUAUGGCAAUGUCUAGGGAUACUUAAGACCUAGAACAUUUAACACCAGGUCAUUUUUUAAUCGGAGCUCCGAUAACGAGCUUUACCUGAUGUUUCAGAAGUUUCAACAAACAGCUUAAAAUUUUGGAAGUUACGUAUCCAAAUGCGGCAACAAUUUUGAAAAAAAUUACAUCUAAGUAACACAACUUCUAAAUGGCUCAAAGAUGUAUCUUUAAGAGAACGGAUGAUAAUGUUCCGUCUUCUCAGUGGCCUAUGGCUCGCAAAAUAAAAAUAAAUCCGGCAUGAAGGACCAAAAAUAAUGUGGGCAACAUUAUCUGGAUGGAUAAGAAGUAAACUUUAGGUUUAUAGGGGUUUGCUGGUAGAUCCUAAAAUCGCGCGUAAUUACGUUUUUGGUGUUAAAUGAAGCCAAUAUAAUCUUCUGUUUUUAAAUUUGUUUAUUAUACUUAUUAUUAAUUGUUAUUUUUAAUAUUAGGGGUUUAAUUUGUCAAGGUAUAAUAACAUUCAAAGAAAAUGUUUAUCAUAAAGCUAUGCUUCCACUAACCAAAUUCCAUAAGGUAAGUUUCAGAAUUACUAGAGAUAACUAUAAUUCUUAUUAUGAACACCCAAAGAUCUGUCACCAAUGCAUAUUAGAAUUAAAUAAAAGAUUCUAUGCUUUAAUUGCUUCAAACUAACCUUCAAAUUGAGGAAUUUAUUCAAAAAAUUAACUUGACGAGUUUUACAAAGUAGAAGAUAUUACUUAUAGCUUUUUGGAACUUUUUAUAUAUAAGUAGAAUGUAGUUUGUUAGCUUACCAGUAACCGUUAUGACUGUGAUAGAAUAAUAUUUUUCUUGGACGACGUUGUAAAAUGAAAAUAUUAUUUCGUAAAAGCGUACAGGGUGGGCAAAAUGCAUAGGUAUGUAAAGAUAAUAUACCAAAUUUUUCAAAUUAAAAAUUGUGUCUUCCUGUUCCGUCUAGUGUGUUUCCAUCCUUCCAUUUUGUUCCUUAGUUUUUGGCCUAAUUAAUCGAAAAUGUGAUAUCCCAAAUAACAAAACGCUAAUGAUCAAAUUGUCUGCAUUAGUUUUUUUGUUAGUGUAAAUAUAAUAACGUUUAAUUUUUGGCUCAAACUUAAAGAGAAGCAUUUUUGCCCUCCUUGUAUCAUAUUUGUAAUUUCUAUUUUGUAAAAUAAUUUUAAAUCCUUGAGUAGACAUUUUGAAAAACUGUUUAUCCUUUGUUGAAAAAAGAAAUCUUGGGAAGUACUUUUGUUUUUAACUUAGAUAUUAAUUUAGCUUUAUUUAAAUGUAAAUGAUUUGCGAUUGGCUGGAGAGGAUAUAAGAAUCCACGUCUCAUUUUUAUUUAAAUACUGUAUAGCUUACUGCGUACUAAAGAUCUUUGUCUUUGCAACCUAUGGCUUCUUCAUAAGUGGAUCCUCCUCCAUAACAACUUCAGAGACGAUGUCGUAUGGAUCUAAAAAUAAGAAAGGCAAAGAAAGAUAAAAAGUUGUAUAUUUUGACGAUCUAGAAUCUAGAAGCUGCAUAAUUUCGUGACUUGGACCUGCUCUCACCGAAUUGGCCUCUAUCACAUCAGAAACUUUUUUCGUUGAUUUGAAGCGGUCACACCAAUGUACAUGCUUAACCAGUGUAUCACGCCACAUAUAACAUAGGGCCAAUCUGUCCCAAUACUAAUCGUGGAUUGUAUUAAUACCUGUGUGAUCCAUAAAGGCCACCUCUUACCAAACACAUUUUAUUUUAACACCGAAUAAAACUCAGUCUAAUUUAAUACUAAUACAUCGUUGACAACCAAAGCUCUUUUUAUAUUGUUUACAAUAACAUCAUUUCUAGGAAAUUUAUUACUUAAACCAAGUUGAGUUUUAUUUUAAACAAAGGCGGGCACAGCGUCCCUUUCUACUGUUAGAAAAACAUGUUGUUACUUUAACUGGUGAUAACGCAGUGAAGCCGAUGAUGAGCCGGCCAAGCGAGCUUGAGGCUGACGAAAUAAUUUUUAACCAGUGAGGAGUGGCUGACGCGCAUGGUGUACACAUCUGUUAUCGGCUAAGGGAUAGCUGUAGGGGUUAAUAUUGUUCUGAAAUCAGUAUUCCUAAAGGUAUAUUGAAUGUAAUGUUGAAUGUUAUGUUGAAUGUAUUUCAACAUCCUCCCCCAAGAAAGGUGGGCCGGGGAGUGAAAGGAACUACCCAGCUAGCACAAAAACAGCCCAUCUACAUUAAUAAGCUGUAAUUUUAGGCUUGCAUGCAAUGUACUUUUUUUAUAUAAAAAAAUCUCAUGUUUUUUAGCAAGAUCUGUUAUACUCAGAGCAUCAUCUGUAAUUUCUCUCAACUUUUCUUCUGGGUUUGCUCUUGAACUCAUGGUUAGAUUUCCAGGCACAUAUAGCCUGUUGAAGAGAAUAAACUGUUUGAUUCUGAUUUUUUUAAUAUAGAUAUACCAUGUAUCUAGCUAUAGAUUCACUUUUUAUGAAAUUUCAGGUGUUAUGUAUUCUUCUUUAGACAAUUCUGUAGUAUUUACUUUUGUAUCUAAAAUUCUUAUAAUGUCAUCAGAAUAUGAAUAUAUAAUAAUUGCCCAGAUUUAGUUUUGUAUCUCUUUUAUAUGUAUUUGGUGUAAAAUGUUACUGGUCAUUCGGAUAAAUAUUUAUCUUCUCGUUUACAAUGAUUUAUCUGCCAUUGUUUGUUUUUAUUGUAAUUAAAAGUGGGUACCUAAUGAAUGAAAUAUUAAGUAAUCCCUAUACCUAAUCCCUACUACUCACAUAUGGCUACCCUCACUCCAAAUCACUCCAAAUGAAAUAUUAAAUUUACACCAGGCAUUAUAAUCUGAAACAAAGACAAUGGUUUAGAAAAUAGUUUUCUAUUUUACAGAUGACCCUUAUCAAAUAAUUUAUAAAAUAAAUUCUCCAAGUUAAAAAAUAAACCAUCAAAAACAUGACAAAUGACAAGAAAAACUGUGACAUUUGACAUAAACAUAAACGUUUCGAAUUCAGAUUGUGAUGUUCACAGUACUUCUUGUAGAUACUUUUUUUUAGCAAAUAACUUUAUUACGUUGUGUUAACAUAACAUGUAGGUUAAAUAGGUAAAUAACUAAUAGAAGUUAGGCUAGAUUUUGAUUUCUCUUAACAACCUCUCAUGAACGUUGCAUUUAUGUUGUAUAGUAAUGUUAUUAGGUUCUCUUAAAGCAACAAUGCCGAGAGGCUUGACAGCGUUAUGUGCUAGCUGAGUAAGUUGUAAAUAAGUUGAUUAAAAAGAAAAUUUUUAUGUGUAUUGUAAACAUGUAAUGUUGUUUGAGCCACCUUGUAAGAGGUAUGUGGUUGAAAAUGGUAAAUAAUAGAACUUUUCACUACUGCUAUUGUACCGUUUAAUUUCACCAUUCUGCUCUUGAGUAAAAGGUGCGGUGGUUUCCAAAAUAAUUUUUUUCUAAGUGACUUUGUAAUUCAUGAAUCACAAACUCUCUACUGUUAUUACAUCGAACGGUUUUAGUUGUUUCCAGUCUGAUUUUUCGUUAUUUUUCGAAUUCUAAGAAUUUGGCAUAUGUAUCAUUAUUAGGUUUAAUAAAGCAAACCACUUGGAACAAAAUAGCCUCCGUUUUCAGUUUCUGUAACACUUUUGUUGAAAAGUUUUCUAGACUGUUUAUCAUAUUGACAAGUCUCGCAGAAAAAUUAUUUUAUAUUGUUGAUUUUUAUACCUGGAAUUCGUCCAUCGUUUACAUUUUUCCUUUAGCUCCUAGAAUACUUGAACAACUAUUUCAAGGAGGAGGGGAUCACCUAGGUUUGGUUCACAUAGUAUGGUUUUUUGGUGAAACCAAUUUUGAGUUCUUCUCUAUCGACAGGAUGCUAAGUAGGGCUAAGACAGUAUAUCGUAUCCAAGGUGAUGUUGGUGAACAAAAACUAAUUAAUGGGGCAGUUGUUAAUAUAACAGCUUCCCUCCUAAUUGACCCACAUAAGGUCUGGACAUUCCUCUAGUCGGAAUCGCACACCAGAGUAGAACUUUAUCAAUAAAUUUCGCUUUUUCUUUAUAUUUUAUAAUAUUUGGGUACUCUUCUAUAACAAUCUCAUUUUCAAAAUGUAUCUGUUAGACCUUGUGAAAAUAAAAUAGAUAUUUUGGAUUAUCUGGAUUUACUACUAAAGGAUGCUAGAGCUCGUUCUAUAAUUACACAAUGUGUAACUGAUCGUCAUUUGGAGUAAUAUUAAAGAGUCAAAGAUGCUUAUCAAAUAAUGACUGCGUUAGAAAAUGUUUUAGAAAGAAAAGCUCUUUUUCGAAGCUAUUCACCAGAAAAAACUUUUUUUUUAAGUUUUAAAGAUAAUUUACAAGAUGAUUUCAUAGUUUUAUGGAUUGAUCAGGAACUAAACUUGAUGACAGUGAUAAAAUUUGUCACUUGCUGAUUACAGUGCCAGGCACAUAUGAUACUAUGGAGAAACAAAUCGCAGUCACAGUGUAGGAAGAAAAUACAUGUUUCCAUAAUCAAAAACCUAGGGAGUAUUAGAGAACUAGCAUUCCAUAAUCUACAUAGAACAAGAAUGUUAUGUUGAGAAUAGGGUGUUAAUACACUGCGAACUAAAAGAUCUAUUGUGCCCCCUUCUGUCGCUAAUGCAUCAAGGGAAGGUAUCAAUGCCUAUAACGACCCUUCCAAUCUUAUCUUCUCAAGGAAGUGUAGGAUUUGGAGUGGCUUCAAGUUAGGAAAAUCUCUCUCUUCUAUUUGAUAUCCUCCUAGGUAUAGUGCCCUUGGAUUCUGGAGUGCUACACAUUCAGUGUACACAUUGAGUGUUACUGCCCGAUGCCUUUUUAAUCUCUCCUAAUAUUAUAUUACUGCUGAUACCGCAGAAUGGCUCAGGUCCUACAAAGAGUGUUUGAGCCCCUUUCCUUGCAAGACUAUCUGCAAUCUCGUUAACCUGUACCCCGUUAUGUCCCGGGACCCAAGUGAGAGUAACUCUAUUUUUCUCGCCUAGCUCAUUUAAUUGUUCUAAGGAUCUCCAGACCAUUUUUGAGCUGAUUAUAUAAGAGCUCAGCGCUUUGAUGGCUGCUUGGAUAUCGGACAUGAUGAUAAUUUCUUAUCUAUGAUAGUUUCUCUCGAUGUCAAACUGGAUACACUUCUCGAUGGCAUGAAUUUCCGCCUGGAAGAUGCUUGGGUAUUUUACCAAGCUUUGGGAGUGCUUGGUUCUCGGCCCAUACACUCCUAUUCCAGCUCCUUUUAUGGUUUUGGAACCGUCCGUAUACCACUGAAUAGCAUGUCUUUCGGUUGAAAGCGCGAUGGAUUCUUGGAUCCAUUCUUUCUUGCAGUCCAGCUCGGGUUUUAAAAUUUUUUACAAAACUGUACUUCUUCAGGAUUUCAUCAUGGGGCAUGUUCCAGGUAUGUUUAGUCCUAAAGCAAGUAAAAUUUCGUCUGAUUACUCCGUUCCUGAUCAUUCUAUAUCGUGUUCUUUUUGCCACAUUCUCCAUCAUCAGAUGUAGAGGGGUGAGGUUUAAGAGGCUAGUCUUUGUACUUUUGAGAUAUUAGCUCUCGUAGUAGCUAAACUAGUUCUGUUACUCUACUAUAUAGCCCCGUAAGUGAUGAUUGGUCACACUAUUGCAGUAUACAUUUAUCGCAGUAUGUUUGGGUUACAUCCCCAUCGUUUACCCGCAAUGUUUUUGCAUAAUAUUAGGGCUUUUGUGGCCUUAUUUACUACUUCCUUUUCAUGUGUGUUCCAGAGAAGUUUGUUGUCCAGGGUUAGGCCUAGAUAUUUGACUUCAUUUUUCCAUUCUAUAUCUAUCUUGUCUAAUUUAACCAUUUUGAGAUUAAGUUUCCUUUUUCUAGUGUAGUUUUUUUGUAAGUCCCACUUCACAACACCAUCUUUUGGUAUGUCCUAAUCCUCGUUGGACUAUAUCACAGGAUAUUUUUAAAUUUGCCUCUAGCAAAUAUAACUAUGUCGUCAGCAUAACCUUGACAGGGAAUGCCGAGGUCAGUCAAUCUGCAUGAAAGUUCGUUAGGCUCCAUAUAAGUGGGGACUGGACUCCUCCUUGUGGACAUCCUCUGGUUGUGCAGAUGGAGAUGGUAUCCUGCCCUGUAUGUGUCUCUGCAGUUCUCGUAGAUAACAGCUGAGCCAUCCAUCUGGAUGUGAUGUUAUUUACUUCUCUGUAUGCAAGUGCUCUUGUGACAGAUUCGUAUGGCGUGUUGUCAAAAGUUCCUUCUCUCUCUAGGAAGGCACACACGACCGUUUCUUUGUUUGUCAGUGCAUCCUGAAAUACGUCAGUCAACUGUACCAGGGCAGUUUCUGUAGAUCUUCAUGCUUGGUACGCGUGUUGGCUGUGGUGAAGUGGCACCCUCUCCAGAACUUCCGUUCUGAUAAAACAAGAAGCUAAUGGUUUAAGUUGUCGAAGCCAAGACAUCAAUGGAAAAAAGGAAACAUAGUUAUGGAAGUAGAUCUAGGUGAAAAAAUUAUAGUGAAUAUAGCAGAAGAAGAGGGCGAUGAUAAUUAGGAAGAUGAAAUAUUAUUUGCUGCACUUAAUGCAGAGAUGGAAGUAAAAUUUAAUAUAGAUAAUAUUAAUUUCGUCAUAGAAGAACAAAGUAUGACUGACUAAUAGCAGAAAAGAAAGGAACAAUUAGAAUAAAUUAGGGAAACAAAAAAAGUUAUAUUGGAAGCAUUAAUGAUUGAAGAUAUUACUUGUAAUUUACUAUCGUAAGAAAAAUAAAUCAAUAUGGUUAUAAAAAUAAAGUAUAGAUCUCAGACAAGAAAGGCUUAGUCAUGAUGUAUAACUUAGUAUGUAGCCACUUUUUUAAGAUCAUCAAAAAUUAUUUGAUGUGGUAAAUUGUGGAUCUUUAAUAAGUUCUUUUUGUGGAUCUUUCAGUUUUUCUAAGUCGUGUUAAAGCCUUCACAAAACGUCUCCAUAGCUCCAAUUUGGUCUGCAGGGUAGGAAGUAUGGAUUCUUGAUCACGUUUUGUUUUUCUUGACUCAUGUCGUUUUUAAAGGCUAAUUUCUGUUAAACCCUUGUUGAUCCUUGAGUUAUGUUGAAAAUGAGUGAUAUGACGUAAUCGCCUUCCACUGCAACCCAGAUGAAUCUAUUGUGACUCAUUUUUAACAUAUUUCUCUGUACAAGCCACACCUUUUGAUAAAGGCCAUGGUUGAAUUGGGUAAAACCUGUUUAAAAUCGGUAGGCUCCAGUCGGGUGAUUCCGAAUUCCUUGAACUUUGUUAUAUUUUAACACCUUAAAGACCAUAUGCACCAAUAUAGUAUCUGCUCACACCACGUGACCCUAUUGAGGCACACUGAAUUGUGAUAUUUAAAGUAUGGUGGAUCUAACAGAAACGCCUGUGCCGAUUGAGUGAUCUGGUCUCUGGGAAACAAAAAGUUGCCUUGGGUUGGAUGUUCUAUAUGAUAGUAUUUACAGAAAAGUCGUUCUUCUUAUCAAUGCCGUGGUUGUGUUCAAAGCAGUAACUUAAAACAAGAAUUUCGCGAAAUAGUCGUUCAUGCAAAUUCGAGAUGGAUGUUCAGUUGGUUAUAAAAAGUAUAUAGUAAGCGAAGGACGGUUAUCAGCUAUGAACAAACAUUAAAUUUUGACUUUUAUGUGGUUUUACUUUUCAACAAAUGAUAAACAGUUUUUUACUGAUAAUUUGACUUCCUUUGUGUAACAAAAGAAGAAAUAUUUUGUCGUCAACAAGAAAACGGGUGAUACUACUACCGGAAAGGGCAGACUUUGGUUACGUAGAAUGGUGCCAAAACUAAAAAAGUUUAUUUCAAUAAAUAAAUAAUAUAGGUACAAUAUGUCUACUUAAGUCGACACCGUAUUGGAAACUUUUUUAUUAUUAAUUUUAUACAAAAAAGUAAUUCUUUAUAAAAAGUUCUGAAUAGUUAAAAAUUUCAAAUAGAACCAUCAGAUAUUAAAAUUUAUCCCUCAUGUACGAAGUGUGUCGAAAAAUAUGAAUUUUAUGAAAGAGUAAAUUAUUUUUAUUAUCGAAAAUUAAUAUUAGGAAACGUUGAUCAUAAUUGAAAACUAGGACCAGAUAUCCAAUAUAAUCCAUCCAUCAUUAAAAAAAACCAUCUUUAAUAUUUUUUGCCAUAUGGAAAACAAUUUUUUUUGCUAUAUAGAUAAUAUUGCAUAUCUCACUAUAGUUUUAAAUUCUGAUCAACUUUUUCUUAUAUCAAUUUUCGAUAUUAUUGCAUAAAAUUCAUUUUUCGGUAAACCUCGUAUAUAACUAAAAAAACUUUGAAAUCUGAUAGUUGUAUUUUAGAUUUUAGACCAUGCAAAACUUUUUAAUUGGGAUUUCUUUUUCAUAAAACAAAUAAAUAUUAAAAAAGUUAAAAAUAAUUAACAAUAAUUAUCACAAAAGAGGAUGUUAAAACCGCGACGCCACUGGUAUAUAUUUUGUGAAUGUGCGAUCUAGUUUUAAACAUUUUACUCUUUGGCACUGUUCUACGUUUAUGAACCAAAACAUAAUGUAUUCUACGUAGAAUUUAAUUUUUAAUAUAAUUUAAUAUUUUUUUUAAUUGUCUUUUUUAUUCCAUGUGUUGUAUAUUCAGAG